GUGAUAGGUCUUAUUUAACUCUGGAGCUUUGUCUGGGAGGAAGUCUGUCAACAGAGUGCGUGUUCGCUGGGAUCUCUUUUUCCAGAAGAUGUAAAUACAGCCGACCUGCUGCUCUGUUGUGUAUGAUGUCACAAAAGAAGAUGCAAUGCUCCACGGGAGCUCUGCUUCUCCUACUACCCUGGUUUAGUGGCCUGGUGCUUGCAGAGAUCAGCAACGACUUCUCCCAGUGCCUUGAUUUCUUCUAUAAUAAAACUCCUCCAAAGGGUAUCACUGCAGCAGGGUACCAGCCAAUAUGCCAGCACUACAAGAACCAGUACCACUUUGCCAGCCUGUAUCGUCGCCAGCAUCGUUCACCACUGUACUCUGCGUACAUACUCAGUCCUGCAGAUGGCAAGCGGCCCAAUUCUACUUGGAUGUUUGAACCUCAAUUGGCGUUUUCCCGUGCCAGCGCAGAGAUGCAACGCUUCCACACCGCCGUGGACCAGAAUGUGAUUGAGAGCCAAGCGGUGUUUGAGGACUACAGGAACUCCAACUUCACCAAGGGCCAUCUCAAUCCCAGCAUGCACCAGAAGACAAAAGAAGACCGGGAGGCUACCUUCACGCUGACAAACAUUGUCCCUCAGCGGGCGGGCUCCAACUCUGGACCGUGGAAUGUUCUGGAGAAGGAGGUUUUAAGUAAAUUCAAGACCUUCUGCAACGGGUCGAUGCAUGUAAUCACCGGAGCCAUGCCUUAUGAGUCUGAACCGCGCUGGAUCAAUAACAGGGUGUCUGCUCCUGAGUACAUGUGGUCUGCCUACUGCUGCCCAUCCUACAGAUCCAAGCUUCCAAAGUCUGUGAAGCCCUUUUUCCCCACAUAUGCUGCAGUGGGAAGGAAUGACCGCAACAGUGGAGAGGAGAUUGUGCCAGUUAAUGUCAAGGCGAGAGCCCAUGUGAGGGGCUACGAUGUGAGGCGCAUGUCUUUAGAGGCUCUGGAGGGCAUCUUGAAACAGAAACUGGCCAUGCCCAUCACUCUGUUUCAUGGACAGUGUCAGUAGCAAAGGUUUAAAGCUGUUUUGGGUGUGCACUGCAUUAAUCACCAUGUACAGCACAUCUUUUCUUCUUUAAUUGCUCAUUGAGUGUUUGAUUAUUCAUUACAUGAAAUUAAUUUUGUCAAUGAAUACAUUUACAUAUACUGUAUACAUGAUUUUACUAAUGAAACAAGACAUAAUGGGCGAAGAGCCUUCUUUUGAAUGAGUACUAACUUUGUUCAUACAAACGCUAACACCUCCAAAUAAAAGUGUUGCAGAUAUUGCUUGUUGUACUAAAUGUAUUUACUGCAGCAGGCAG